ACUAAUAUUCGGUUGUCGUGAUAAGGAAAGUUACCCUACCCAUAUCGGCCAUAUUAUUCUCAUAUAUUACUCUAUACUUCUAUAGUCUAUACCGACAACGAGGAUGUAGUUGGAAAACGUUAUAUUUUUCUGAUUGUGCUACGACAAUAACAAUAAUACUCUAACAAGAUACAUUAUAAUUGAUAAUUUUCCGAACUUCGGAUGCCAGAAAGGUAGGCUAUAAUUGGAAGGAAUUCAUGGAUGAAGGAUUAGCUGGCUCAAAAAGACUGCUUCAGCUGGACUGUUUUCGAGAGCCUUCGUUAUCAGAUUUUUGGGUCUUUUAAAGGUCAACAGGUCCAUUGAUUAUAGAUACCGAGUAAUAAAAAGUCGAUAUCAAUACCCUAUUCGUUUCGUUUGCUCCCGCGUUCAAACGCUGUCUGUAUCUAUCUCCUAAUCGUUUUUAUUGCCUACGUUCUAAGGGUUUGUCCGAACCGAAAUAGAAACCGAAAGCACCGCCGUCCGUGCUCUGUGAUCUACUAUCCACUCAGUAUUCAGUCAUAGUUCUGUCAAGUGCCAAUGUUAUUGCACGUUUUCGGUACUGCAAAAAUGGAUAACUACAAGUGUUCACUGUCCGUCAUCGACGUCUACGAUAUGGCGCAGGACAUAGGACGAGAGUUCGAGACCAUUAUAGACGCGUAUGGCACUGAUGCUAUAACAGGAUUAAUGCCCAAGGUAGUAUCCGCCCUAGAACAGAUGGAAAUAUUGGCUUUGAAAAAUGAACGAGAGAACACAACUGUGGACGACCUGCGAGCGACGAUACAACAACUGGAAAUGGACAAACAGGAACGGACCGAAGACAGGAUCAAAUAUGAGAAGGAAAUGGAACAAAUUGAAGAUAAGUGGCGAGAAGACUAUAACGAAUUGUUGACUACUGUUUCUAGACUUCAAGAUGAUAAUCGUAAAUUGACCGAGUCUUUGCAAGCUGCUGAAAAGGAUAAAAUUGUUGAUUCAAAAUCACAAGUUUUAAGUCCAGAUGUUGAUACUGUUGCUCUUCAACGCCUACGUCGUACUGUAGAUCAAAUGCGUGAUAGUAUUAGAAGUUAUGAACAUCAAUUAAAUUCAAAGAGUAAUGAAGUUGAUUCUUUGACUGUUCAAAUGGAUAGACUGCAAACCACUUUGAAAGAUUUGCGACGUAAGCAUCGUUUUGCUCAACUACAAUGUCGUGGUUUAGUUGAAGAGAGGGCAGAUAUUCUUUCCCAACUACAAAAACAGCAAAAAGAAUUUAUAUCACUUAGACAAAGGUUUGGUGUAGCACAAAAAGAAAAUGAAGAUCUCUCAAAAUAUAGAGAUGAUUUGCCUGAUUUAAAAAACAAAGCCAUAUAUGAUUUAGAUGAUCCAGAUAGACCAAAGUUUACUACCAAUGAAUUGAAAGAUAUUUUGACUGAACGCAAUGAUCUGAAAACUCGUGUUAAUGAUCUUGAAGAUGAACUCUCACAGUAUAGGCCAGCUGAAUUAUUGACAAUAUCCCAGGAAAGGGAUGAAAUCCAAGAAACGCGGGUACGAAGAAUUUUGCUACGAAACUGUACAACCAGAACAGACAGUCACCGAAAAAAUCCUGACACCGCUUCGGGCAAUAAGGAAGACACGCAAGUGUCAGUCAUCACCCCAGAAAAUUUAUCAGAUGUAACAUCCCCAACCAGGUCUGACGAUGAACAGGAAGAAGGGCCUGUUCAAGGACCAUUACCUUUAGAACCUGAUGAUGCACCAUGGAAACGAAAUCCAGAAUCUGGUAUUCGUAAACUUUUUCGUAAGAUGUUUGCUGAAACUAACAACUCUUUAUUUUCUAAGACUAGUCCUAAACAUCCUAAGUUAUCGUUAUCCAAAAUGGCUGUAUCCAUUGGUAAUUCGUCUAUUAUGGGACCGUCUGAAGUGUGAUAAUUAAAACAUUGAUCUCAAAUUGAAUUAUUGUUUAUUAAUCAUUACAAGUAUUAUUUUAAAGCACACACAUAGCUAAAUUUUAAGGGAUCAGUAAACAUAAGUAACUAAAAAUCAAAUGAACUUAUUAUUAUAAUUUUUUUUUUUUACAUAUAUAUUUUAUAAUACUUUUACCGUGAUUACUUAUUAUUAAU